AUGGUGAAGCCUGUGGCUGCAGACCUGCUGGAGCCUGGGGAGGACGGGGCCAGCGUCACGGAGCGUCGCUGCCGCGGGCGCGGCUCGGAGAAGGUGCAGGAGCGGAGCCGCUCGGGCGCGCUGCACGGCUCUCAGCCUCCAGAGCCGCUCUGCGCCGCCGCUCUCUGGGAGUACCCGCGGGCCGCCCGCCGCUGCCCGGCCGACGGCGCCGCGCUGCUGGACCCCGCCCUGGCCUUCAACCUGGGCUGCGACCCCGCUGCUGCCGCCCACCUCCGCCUGCAGAGGUACGAAAGGACCGGCGCGGCGGAUGGGAAGGGCAGCCGGUCUGUGCUUUCCGUGCCCCCUUUCGCCAAAGAGCUGCACCUAGAGAUCAUCUGCUCGCCGGCCUACUGCGCCCAGGGAGGCUACAGCCGCGUGCUCUACAGGCACUUCGAAACGCCCCGGCUGGCCCAGGAGGGAGACAUCCUGUGUGUUCCAACAUUUGGAAAUACUGAAUUUAUAGAAGCAAAUGCAGGCAAGUUCCUAAGGUGGCCAGAGCUUUAUUUCAAAGUGAAGAAGAUUUUAGGCAUGGUGGAAGGCGAGCAGUCUGAGGGUUACCUGGUGGACACCCAGAACACUUCUCUUUAUCUGGUGGGUUCAACAAACAGCGCUGUCCCAUCUGCCCCAGCCUAUAGCAGCCAUGAGUUUUGGAGCAGUUUGUCUCCUGCUGGACUUUCUGAUGUUGUGAAGCAGCUCUGUGAUGCUCUUCGUCCUCACCUAAACAGUCGGGUAAGUGCUCUGAGCAGCAGCACCAGCGUUCUCCUCUCGGGGCCAAGCGGCAGCGGGAAACUGAUGGCUGUCAGAGCUGCGUGUAGCUGCCUCAACCUCCACAUCUUCAAGGUCGAUUGCGUUAGUUUGUGCAGUGAUACCAGUGCAGCCACAGAAGAGAAAGUACAGAUGGCCUUCACCCAGGCCCAGCAGUACCAUCCGUGUGUGCUCCUGCUGAAAGACAUUGAAGUGCUUGGCAGAGACCGAGAUGGGCUGAGAGAGGAUGCCAGGGUCAUUGCUACUCUGAGGCAGCUGCUCCUGGACAGAGACCCAGCACUGAGCCAUCCUGUCCUGGUGAUUGGCACAACCUGCAAGCCCCAGGAUGUUCCUACAGACUUGCAGAGUGCUUUCCUUCAUGAGGUGAAAAUUGAAGCCCCUUCAGAAGAGCAGAGGAGGUUGAUGCUGAGCAUGCUGACUGCUAGUCUGUCUCUGGGCAAAGAAGUGAGCCUAUCCAAGCUGGCCCGCAGGACUGCCGGCUUUGUGCUGGGAGAUUUCUGUGCCUUGUUGUCCCACAGCAGCCGAGCUGCUUGUACCCGCAUCCAAGCCUUGAGUUUUCCAGGCGGACUGAGUGAAGAAGUGGAGAGAGAUUUUUGCACUGCUGGGUUCCCAGUGCUUGAGGAGGAUUUUAGUGUUGCGCUGGACCAGCUGCAUGACACCCAUUCACAGGCAGUGGGAGCCCCGAAGAUCCCCUCGGUGUCCUGGCAGGAUGUUGGUGGGCUACAAGAGGUGAAGAAGGAGAUACUGGACACUAUCCAGUUGCCCCUGGAGCACCCAGAGCUGCUGUCACUGGGUCUGUGCCGCUCUGGUCUGCUGCUGUAUGGGCCUCCAGGGACAGGGAAGACCUUGCUGGCAAAAGCUGUGGCAACAACAUGCACCAUGACAUUCCUUAGCGUGAAAGGGCCAGAGCUCAUCAACAUGUAUGUCGGGCAAAGCGAAGAGAAUGUGCGCAAUGUGUUUGCCAGAGCCAGGGCAGCUGCUCCCUGCAUUAUCUUCUUUGAUGAACUGGAUUCCCUGGCCCCUAGUCGUGGGCGAAGUGGAGAUUCAGGGGGUGUCAUGGAUAGAGUUGUCUCACAGCUCCUGGCAGAGCUUGAUGGCCUUCACUCCACCAGAGAUGUGUUUGUCAUUGGAGCCACGAACAGGCCUGACCUCCUGGACCCAGCUCUGCUCCGGCCAGGCAGGUUUGACAAGAUGGUCUAUGUGGGCAUAAACGAAGAUCGGGAGUCGCAGCUGCAGGUGCUGAGUGCCGUCACCAGAAAGUUUAAACUGGAUCCUUCUGUGAAUCUCACCACCAUCCUAGAAAAAUGCCCAGCUCAGCUGACAGGAGCAGACAUCUAUGCGCUGUGCUCAGACGCCAUGAUGUGCGCUGUCAAACACAAGGUGGAAUGGAUUGAGGAAGGGCUGGAUACUGAGAGCUCUGCUCUGAUCCUGACCAUGGAAGACUUUCUGCAGGCUGCUGCAAGGUUGCAGCCAUCAGUCUCUGAGCAGGAGCUGCUCAGGUACAGACUCAUCCAGCAGAAGUUUGCAGCCUGCUAAUGCUCAGCAAAGCUGAGACUGGAGGAGUGAUGAGAACAAGCCCAAAAAGGCACCCACGUGCUCUUCUCUGAUGCCUCCUGGGCCCCCUUCUUUCAAGCUUGGGUGGAAGUAGUGGCUGUGCAGUUUCCUGAGCCAAAGCCUGAUGGAAAUGCUGCUCUGCUCAGCCAGGAGAGUGGUGGGUUCUGUAAGGGUCCCUCACAUCUGGUGCAGCACACGGUGGCUGCUGGGAGCAUGGAUGACUUCCUCCUGGGGAGGAAGCUGAAUCCCACAGCUGUGGGCAGUUGUAGGAGUGUCUCCAUGGGUGACAGGGCAUUGGUAGAGGAGCAAGACUGAAACUGCAUCCAGUUUGUCAGCAAAGCGCAGGGCUGGAGGCAGCUGCUUGUUGGGGUGUCAGCCCCUCCCCAGUGAGGGGUGCUGGCUGGAGGGCAGCAGCACACUGCUGCUCCAGCUGGCCUGGACUUAAUGUAGUCUCUGAAUAAAAUACAGGGUUUUAGCACCUAGGUA